AUGCAUCGCGUUUAUUGCGUUCUUCUUGGUUCACUAUGUGAGUGCUACCGAUACAUACUGAUUUGUGAAUACGUGUUUCUUUUGAGGUAUUCAACAGUUCGAAAAAGAUGCAGAAAGGGAAUUCCUCCUUCAGUCCGUGGGAAAGCCUGGAAAUAUUUAUGUGGUGCUACUUAUCAAAUGGAAGUUUCACCUAAUAGGACAGUUUUUGAUGUGAGGAUUUUGAAAUUGCGCUUGUCUGAGGAAGCCUUUUGCUGCAUUGCAAAAACAUCUUCUAGAGAUGGGUUUCAGAAAUGCUUGGAUCAGGUUGGGGAUCCUAAAUGGAUAGACGAUAUUGAGAAAGACCUGAAUCGGCAGUUUCCGAAUCACGAAAUGUUCUCGCGCAACGGAAAAUAUGGUGAUGGCGGCAAGGAUGACUUGUUUCAACUGCUAAAGGCCUGGACAGUGCUUCAUCCUGAAGAGGGCUAUUGCCAAGGCCAAGCACCUGUAGCUUCUGUUUUGUUGAUGCAUAUGCCUUUGAGAGAUGCGUUUUAUUGUUUUGUGCAAAUUUGUCAUCGAUAUCUUCCCGAUUACUACAGCCCUGGUUUAGAGGCAGUACAGGUUGAUGGAGAUAUUCUUGUUCAGUUGUUGAAAGAGAAGUCGCGAGUCAGUUAUCAACAU